AUGUCAUCUAAACCUCAAGGCCGCCAACGAGUGCGAAAAGCAUGUGUAUCGUGUCAGCAGAAAAAACGAAAGUGCAAUGGAUUCGAACCUUGCGAUACUUGUGAAGGCUACGGCUUUGACUGCUACUAUAACUCGGCGACAUAUCAUAAUGGAGCGGACACCGCAAUCGCCAUACAGGAUUUGGAAACAGCAAACACACUACAACCUAACAAGAACAAGCGCGCCAGACAGGAUUUCCUGGAGCCAAGAAAGUCUCGAUAUGUCGGUACUGGAUCGGCUAUUUCGUUCCCUUUGAAAUUGAGUCGCGACAUGGGAGCUGUCGGCCUGCCCAGGUUACAUUCUUACGCUUGGAAUGCCGGCACACGACCAGAAGCCAUCCCAUCUUUCACUCCUCAAGUUGUGCAGUUGAUACGAUAUGAGGAACUUCAUGCUCUAACAUCUGUUUACUUCGAAGUGGUGCAUCCAGUAUUUGGUGUGAUCGACAAAGCAGAUUUUAGUCUUCGAUGUGUCGAACACUGGAUGGGUGAUAGCCAGUCGCUUGGAUUCGACGCUCUUGUUGGCAUGGUCUGCGCCUUGGGAUCUCUUUUCGCCGGAGAUGAUCGGUUUGCAGGAGAGGCCGAUCUGGUGAAAGCUACAAAGCUACUGCUCGACAAUAUCAGCAUGAUACAUGGUGCAACUGAAGACUUUGUCGUAGCAUGGAUUUUGCGUUCACUCUACCUGCGAGCGACAACGCGUCCACAUGCUUCCUGGAUGUCGACAUGCUCAACGAUGCACAUAAUCGAGGCUGUUGGUCUGCAUCGCGAGCUCGGAACAAUGUUCAUCUCCAGCAGCUCUAGUCAUGCUGCAACACCAUAUCAGAAAUCUCCAGAACUUCGCCGUAGAAUCUUCUGGACUGCAAAAGCCUUGAACUUGAUGUUUAGUUGUGAGUACGGACGUUCGCCGAUUCACCUCGACGACGCGAAUUGCGAGAAACCUGCUGCUGCUGAUGGUCAUUACACAAGUGAGCUUAUAUCACUUGCCAAGCUCAUGUCGAUCGAUAGGAUGACCAGCAGAGAGCUGCUUGAAGACUGCCCCCUUCUUACGUUGAUGCGAGCAAAUGCAAGCUUUUGCAUCUAUCGGAGGCUAUGCCUGUACGAUCCACGACCCUCUAGCGAGCACCUAGCGAAAGUCAUGAAGAUGGGUGAAGAUGCUCUUCUGCCUGCACAAACUCUGGCUCUCUCCAAUCAAGUUUGGUGGGACGUAUUGACGGUACCUUUUCAUUACAUCUGUGUCCUACUCCAUAUCAACUCGCUUGAGAGCUUGAGUCUACUAUCGACGGGCAUGUCAAGUCUCAGAAAGAUCACUCGGCAUCUGGGCACUCACAUGGCCAAAGAGGCAGAGUUGACCGCGAAUUCUUUGAUCAGUGUUUGCUCACAGAGAAAAGAGAAAGAGAUGCACUGCUUGACUUCACAACUCUCGAGUAGAUCGGAAGGCGUCUUGUGUCAACCAGAUCUGGAGAUCCAGACUGACGGCCUACAAACCCACACACCGCUUCCCGAAUGGCUUUAUGACAUCGUUCCCGGUUGGGAUUAUCUACCAAAUCAUGACAGUUGA